ACGCUAUACUGGAGGAGCCGCCGGAGGAGGAGAAGGGGACCGGACCGGGGAUCAAGAGCGAGCUGCAUGCACUAUUCAGCGAGCUGCGAGAGAGAGAUCAAGCACAUGCUGUGGAAAAAAAUGCUAAUGCCAUUUUUGUCAGUAUCUUGAGAUACUUUGAGCUCUGAGUUAGAGGGUCUAGUCUCUGCAUAUCUACUCUGAUCUAAUUUAUCGUCUUUGGUCAGUUUCUCAGCCGCCAUGGCGAUAAGUCUGACUGUACGUAGAUUCUGCUUGGAAACUGCAAGACUGCUUCCCAGGGUGGAAUCAAGGAAUCUCCUCCACACCCAGUCCCAGACCAGACUUGUUCCAUCGUGUAUCCACCAUCGUCCUCUGUGUCCUCCCGCCUUCCACAGUGGUGCCAUCUGCGUACUAAGACCAGGAAACAGUGCCUCCAAAAGCUUUCACAUUUGCCAAAGAAACAUCUUCACAAAGUGGUUGCGGACAUCCAGUUCUUCAUCCAAGAACACCAAAGACAGUGAAAUUGCUUCCAAAGAUUUGGACAGCAUGGAGGAGGACUCUAUCAUACCAAAGACCGAUGAAGAGGGCAAACCCCUGAGUAAUUGGAAGCGAAUGAAGAUCAUGAUGAAAGCCUACGGUUAUGUAAUCAUCCCUGUACAUUGGGUCAUAGCACCACUAUGGUUUGGAGCUUUCUACUACACUAUCAAAAUGGGUGUUGACAUCGGUCCAUUCCUUACAAAAAUUGGAGUCAGCGAUCACCACGUUGAAACUCUACGCAACUCCAAGGCAAGCACUGCCCUCAUGGCCUAUGCAUUGUACAAGAUUUUCACACCUUUACGUUACACCGUCACUCUCGGCGCCACCGAGGUCACCAUUCGCAAGCUUAGGAAGUUGGGAUACAUGAAGCCAACGCCACCGAAGGAAAAGACAUACCGGGACUCAUUCAAGGAGACGGUGGGGGAGAUGAAAGAUAAGAUCUCAGACAUGAGGGAAACUAAGAAUUCUUGAGCUCCUUGCUCUUCCGGCUCCCUAUCUCUGAAUAGUGUUGAUGCUUGUGACCUGCAUGUUGCUACGUGUGAUUAUGUGAAAACACAUUCUGAUGAAGAGCAGUGGAUGAUGCUGUCUUUCGGUAACUUAAUCAAACAUUCAUCAAGACUCAAUAUUCUUCCAAAUGUUCAUUCAAAUGAUUAAUUCAGAUUAUAUCUGAAAAAUUAUGAUUUUAAGUGCAUGCAGUACUGUUAUGUUUGGCUCUUGAGCCUCCAACUUGAAAUUUUUAUGCCUUGAAAGAACCAUUAUAACCCUAUUUUGAGAUUGCAUAGCGGGGGGGGGGGGCACUAGCGUACCUACGGGGGGCAGAGGGGGCAGACUGCUCCCCCUGACGAGUCUUUAAGACUUUUUCCAUUUUUUUUUCUGGUACGAAAUCCUUUAUUUGUGGUUGAAGACCUUUUUUUUUUUUUUUUUUGCUUGUCAAAUUUUUUGGCAAACAAAUUUGCCCCCCCUGUGGAAAAUCCCAGGGGGGGGGGGGGGGGCAAACAUCCGUGAACUUGUUUUUUAAUUUUUAAGAUAAUCUGUUCUGCACUGUCAAUUUUUUCGAUAAACUUCAGCAUUAAAUUUGCCAUGAAAUAGCACCUGCCAUCAUCAAAGCACCAGUAAGAGAGUAAGUGUAGUCUACACGUAUACAGUGCAUCCCAGAAAAAAGGAAACCAGGAUUCCCAUGUCUUUUAUCUUCAAAGGCAAACAAAAUAUGGCAUUUCAUUGACAUAAUCAUAUAAUUCACUUAUUCCUCUUUAUUUUGGUACCUAACAUGAGACGAACACUUCACGCAUUAAUGAGCAAGACGAGUUUGAAAUUUCAAUGUCAAAACCAGGUUGCGCAGAAAAAAAUUGGAUAAGAUUGGUUCGAGAUACGACGACCGUGCCUAAUCAACGAUUGGCUCAUUUGCAUUUCUUUUGUAUUCUUUGUUAAGAUUCUCUCACUGAUCCCUAAAUUUUUGUAAAAUGAGACUAUAUUCGGAUUCACAUGUGAGUUUCUGCGCAAAUCGUUUCUGAUAUGCCUCAAUAUUUAUUGUUUGUAAUCUGCCAUGCAUGAACGAUUUGCUUAGCUGUUGCUUUCAAAUUCGAGAUGAGAUCCUACUCUUGCCACGAGUAUAAAAUUCAUAGCAAAAACAUAUUUAAUAAUUGUGAAAUCUAUCUCUGAAAGUGGGUUUCCUUUUUUUUGGGACGCACUGUAUUAUCAUCAUUAUGAUGUGAUUUUAUAAUUUUAUUAGACUAUAGAACUAUAAGAUUUAUAGAUCAGGGGAAGUUUUACAAAGAUAAAAGUUGCACUUUGAUUGCAGUUGCAUACAGUAUAUAACCGAGGAGGUUUUACUUUAGCCUCCUUGAUAUAAUGUAUCACUGCAUUGUUUUUUUCAGAUCAUGUUCAUCUUUCUCUCUAUCUCUCUCUCUCUAUACAUAUAUAAAGCUACAUUUUGGAAAAAUUGAAAAUAAAUUUUAUUAUACAAAUUCAAUAUAUUUUAAUGAAUUUCUUGAGAGAUAUGCAUUAAUACGCAUGAACAUAUGAAGUACUUCUCUAUUUUUUUUGCAUUGAAAAUGUCUAUGAGAUUAUAAAUGUGAUGAGAUUAAUUUGAUGGUUUUCACAAUAUCAGAAUAAAGUAUGCAAUAUUAAGAUUAUAGUUAAGGUGUGGCAAUGGCGGAGGCAUAAAUUGACCAUGUCGAAUCGAGAAUAUGUCUGGUUAUUUAGAAACUGCAACUUAUGGUGUGUUACAUUUCUUACAAGCAGGUGUGAAUUGAAAAGAUGCCCAUCGUACCCCCUCAUAUUAAAGACCCAGACUGGACCAAAAGUGAAAUGUUAUAACAAUGGAAAGCUCAUAAACUACUAAAUACAAUGUAAGCUUUAUGCAUUUUCACUACUUACAAGCCGUAUUUUGCUAAAGAAUAGCUCCAAUUAUUAGGCUUCUAAAAUAAGCCUUAUUGUGCUUUUCAUUUGCCUCGAGAUGUCAUGUUGUGCUAGAAGCAUCAUGAUUCCAUGGUUUUGUAAAAAGAAAAACUCAGUGAUUUUCCCGGGGGGGGGGGGGGCAGUCAAAUGAAUUGCUGUACACAAGUGUGACCAAAUUAUUUCCAAACACCCUCUAAACAAAUUUUUCUCUGUGUUAUGGAGAACAAUUUAUGAUUGUGAUUAGAAAUAACAUAAUUUUUAUAUUUUGAGUUAUAUAGACCCAAGGUCUAUAUAAUUCUUCAUAUCUUCAUUGAUCAAUCAUUUAAUGUAUUUCUGCAUUAAGUAUUCGUAAACUUAUUCAUGUAAAAAGCAGUGAGUAGGGAUAAACAAUAUGACAAUAUUGAUAUUUUACAUUGGAACUUCCAUCAUUAGAUGAAAUUGUAUGUACAUAUCUUCAUUAUCACAUCUUCAUUAUCACAAAUAUCUCAGCAUUAUAAAUUAAGGAUUUUUCCUUUCUAAUGUUGAUCUUCAUUGCAUGCCUAGGCAGCAUAAUAGGUAAUAUGAACAAACGGUGAACGUGUAUCAACUUUUCAGCUUACUACUGUUGUGCUAGCCUAUACCACAUACCCGGUAUGUAAAAUGUGUAGCCCUAAAAGUAAAUCUGUAAGGAUGUUCUUAAGGAAAACUUUUGCAAUCAACUUAAAAUAACAAUUGCAACUACUGGACAAGUUUAACAUCUACUGAUUCUUUCUGUUGUGGCAGAAGUUGACCAACAAUAUAUCACACUUUUGUAAUCUCUCAAUUUAUGUUUUUCAAUCAGUAUUUGACUUGCAAUUGAUUACAAAUGUCAGUAUUUGACUUGCAAUUGAUUACAAAUGUGUUGCGCCUAAUAUUAUUUAUUGCAUAAAGCAGCAAUAUGACUAAUUCAUAAGUGUCACUAUCCUUAGACAAUCUUUUUUUUGCAAGGAUGAGUAGAAGUCUUCUGUUGCAUAUCAUAAAUCACACCAAGUGUGCAAAAAAUUAUAUAUACUAUA